AUUCCACUUUACAUAGUUCAUAAUAAAGAAAUAGCAUUGGAUGGCAAUAAUCCGACAAUGCUCGAUGGUUAUGGUGGCUUCAAUUCUCCCGCUAUGCCUAGUUUUUCGAUUUCUCGCAUUUUAUUCCUCAGUUAUUUCAAAGGGCUUUAUGCAGUUGCGAAUUUGCGGGGCGGAGGUGAAUACGGCGAGAAAUGGCACCAAGCUGGUAUUCGCGAAAGAAAGCAAAAUGUUUUUGAUGAUUUCAUAGCAGCUGCUGAAUAUCUGAUCAAUAACAAUUAUACAUCGCCUAAAAAACUGAUAAUCCAUGGCGCUUCAAAUGGUGGUUUAUUAGUUGGCGCAGUUUCACAGCAGCGUCCUGAACUUUUCGGUGCUGUAAUAAAUCGAGUCGGAGUGUUGGAUAUGCUUCGAUUUCACAAAUUUACAAUUGGCGCCGCUUGGGUUCCGGAAUAUGGCGAUCCUGAUGAGGCGGCUGACUUUGAUUUCAUUUACAAGUAA